AGGACGUAAGCUUAAUGACGACACACGCAAUUCCAGGCACCGGAAGAGGAAGUUAAUCACAGCGCUAGCAGAGUUUGUUUUGGUGACUGACUAAACAUGGGAUGCGAUGGGGGAACGAUUCCCAAGCGGCAUGAACUGGUGAAGGGGCCCAAGAAGGUGGAAAAGAUCGAUAAAAACGCAGAGUUGGUGGCCCGGUGGUACUACUGCAUGUUAAGCCAGGAGAGACUCACUAAGCCUAUAGUGGCUUGUGAAUUGGGCAGGCUGUACAACAAGGAUGCCGUGAUCGAGUUCUUACUGGACAAGUCACCCGACAAACCCCACGCAGACACCGCUGCACAUAUUAAGGGCAUCAAGAGUAUCAUUGAGCUGAACCUGAGUGACAAUCCGGCAUGGGCAGGGGGCAAAGGGAACACAAAAGGCGAUAAAUACGACGAGCAGUGCGCUCAGUUUAUCUGCCCAGUGGUUGGCCUGGAAAUGAAUGGCAGACACAGGUUCUGUGUGCUGCGGAACUGCGGCUGUGUGUUCUCCGAGCGGGCACUGAAAGAGAUCAAAACAGACGUGUGCCACAAGUGCGGAGCUGGUUUUAAAGAAACCGAUAUUAUUCUGUUAAACGGCGAUAAGGAAGAGGUGGAGGAACUGAGGAAAAGAAUGGAGGAACGCAGGCUAAAGGCUAAAUCUGAAAAGAAAGCAAAAAAACCUAAAGCCGUUGAGUCUGUGUCAAAGCCUGAUCAAGGAGAAGAAUCCCCGGGAUCAUCACAGAAGGAGGCAGAAGAUACGAGCUUUCCCAGAGACAAGAUCGAUUUUGUUUCCACUGCAAAAACACAAGUAGAUUCUCAAUCCUCAUCCUCUGAUGCAGCCGCCAAAUCUUCAUCCUCCUGCACCAAAAGACCCGCGCCCGGCAGCGAGCGGAAGUCGGAGGCGUAUAAAUCCAUCUUCACCUCCCACAACUCCGCUAAGCGCACAAAGGAGCAGUCGUCGAACUGGAUCACUCACACUGCUUAUUACUUCUAAUGCGUCUAGGGGCGACAUCACUGGUGCCGCUGUUUGGACCCCCCCAGAAUCUUCACCUUUUUAUUUUCUACUAAAUUGUUUAUUCAUUUUUAUCCUAUUUGUGGGGCAAAUCAUGUGCCCUAUAAACCGCCCAACGCUUCCAUCCGUUUAUAGCCGCCCCAUUUAGAAUAUUCAAAACAAUUUCAAAGUCCACAAGUUAAACCUGAUAUCAGACAAGUCAUGACGUGGGAUCAGGGGUCGGAGAUGAUUUAACGGGAGCCGCGCAGACUGGGAGUGGGAGAGAUCGGUGGCACGAGUAUAAAUGAAUAUAUAUAUAAAUUUUUUUAUUUUUUUUAAUAUCACCCAAAUGAAUAAUAUUAUGUAUGUACCACAGUCUAGAACCGUGAGUUCUAGAUCAGCUUUUAUAUCAAGCAUCAUUUGAAUGAAGCGCAAGCAAGCAACCUGUGGUGUAGGUGGGUACUCACAAACCCAUCGGCUUGUACCGCAAAUGGAUUAUUGAAUAUCCGCAGCCUGUAGCUCUGGUUACUAUACGCACGCGUCUAUAUCGUUAAAAUCAAAAACGCCCAUCGAGUAAAAAAAAUCGAUCCAGUUACGGUGGAGAUUAGAUUUCCUAGCGGCCGUCUUUUUCCACCGUGUUCAACUGGACUGUGUGCUUCACGCGUUUCGCUCAAUGGCUUCCUCAGAGACCUCUCCCAAUCUGCUAAACUCACUGGGGAACUCACUGUUCUAGACUGUAGUACAUACAUCAUUAUUUCAAUAUAUAUAUAAAUAUAUAUAUAUAUAUAUAUAUAUAUAUAUAUAUAUAUAUAUAUAUAUAUAUAUAUAUAUAUAUAUACACACAGUCACGUGACUGGUGUCGGGUUCAGCUUGUGGACCUUUCCCUUGUUUUACACUUUCUGUACAACGCGGUUAUAAACUGCUUUUUGGCAAGUGACCCGUUUGUCCCAAGCUGACUCCACCCGUUUGUCCCAAGCUCCACCCACAUUCAGUUUCCAGCUCCGCUGGGACAUAACAAGCAAAUUCAUCUGACUAUAAAGAUCCUGAUCCUCCUAUCAGCUGUUUUAUUAGCGUAUAUUUGUAUGUCGCAGUUAUGUGUUAGGGGAGAAUAAAUUCCUUUUCCGCUUAAUAAAAUGGCUUUUAUUUCUUUGUGGAGUUCUAGUGCCCAGAAUUACUUCUGCUGUUUUUUUUUUUUUUUUUAAUAUUUAUCAUUUUAUUUCCGAAUUUGGCGCUAUGAAGCGCACACCGCCCUGCAUUGGGUUAAUAAAUCUUUAUUUCAAUUAC